GCGCGUUUUGUCUCGCGCAGUGUGGAAAAGCGAAUAGCAGCAAAAAUGGGGGGAAAUAAAAAGAGGGAGAUACCUACGGUCACGUGGGUAGGUACGUACUGCCCUUCGUUUUUUCCACCGUGCAGGGACUUACCCAUCCGCUAAGCACAACGUUGGGGUGUUUUAUAUAGGGUACUUCCCCACGCUGCUUUAUUUCAGUCUGCUGAUCGCAUGAACCCCAGUGAGGCGUCUGUCUAACGUCUCUUCACUCCUCGCCUCCCACAGCAAGUGACGCCACAAGAUGCACCAUGACGCGUUGCAAUUCGUGUCCCGACUUUCAGUACAUCAGCGAGAAUGUUCUGUGCCUCUUGCAAGGCAGUUGUAUUUGUCUGCAUAACCUUGUGAACAAUGAGCGGAAGUUUUUGUUCAUUUCGUGCUGUGAGCCCCUUGGGGAAGUUCGCUUCGAGUUGGCGGCGGGCCAGGGGGGAGGGGGCGGUCAAACGGACGGGAAAAGGAACGACCAAACGGACGGGAAAAGGAACGACCAAACGGACGGGGAAAGGGACAGCCAAACGGACGGCCAAAAGAACGACGGCGCGGACAACGUGGGGGGCAGGUACAGCCCACACCCGGUGAGGAAAAUCUCCUGCAGUGAAAAGGAGCAUGCCAUGGCAGUGGUCAUACGUAGAGCCUCCGGCGAUUUGCUGUGCUACCUCGUAUUUGAUGAAGCGAAUGGGUUAAACUCCUUCGAGGUGCGCUUAACACACAGCGUUGGAGAAGCCAUAAAAGACGUAACCCUGGGGGAUGGCCAAGUCUACCUGCUGCUAAAGAGGCGCCGCGGGUCCCCCCUGCAGGAAGGAGCUCCAUCCAAAGGGGAUAACACGGGGGGGUUAAGCGGCAAUUUGGGUGGCAAGCUACACGGCAAGCUACGCUGCGAUCCCCCCUUUGACGCGGACUACCUCAUCUGCGCCCUCAAGCUGGCCAGCAACAAAAAAGAACCCCCAGAAGUGAUCGCCACGCACAAGUCCCCAUCGAAAUUUAAAAAAAUGGUGGUGUGCCCCUACGAUGGGAAGAAAAUCAUGUUGCUGUCAAAGAGGAGCGUCUUCUUUGUAGCCACCUCAAAUGAGCAGCCCUCAAAAGAAAACGUGCGCAUCGUGGAGAGGGAACUCCUCCUGAACAGUCCCAUCGUAGCAGCCUCGUGGCUAGACUUCCACGUCUUCACCAUCUGCCUCUCCAACAAUGAGCUCCUUUUUUUUGACCUGUCCACCGAUUCGAGGCACCUGCCCCGGCUGAGGUGCCACAACAGCUACUCGAGAAUCUGCUCCAUCUUUUACCACUCCGAGCACCUCUUCGUCGCGUUCGCCACGAAGGAAAUUGUAACCCCCGUCGAAGACAACUACGUGAGCACCAAGUGCUUGUUUCAAAGGAGAAAGGCGAGCCGGAAGGGGGAGCACCCCUCAACGGGAGAGAAGCCCUCAACGGGAGAAAAGCCCUCAACGGGAGAGAAGCCCUCAACGGGAGAAAAGCCCUCGAUGGAGGAGCACCCCUCGAUGGAGGCGGCGAAGGGAAACGGACCUGUCAACAACAGGAGGAAGCCCCCCAAGAAGUGCAGUAGAACCACCUUCGAAUCUAUUUUACACGAAAUUAAAAAUGUAGAAAAUAAAAUGAAUGACAAAGGGUUUGAGUUGUUAGAGGAGUCGGAGGGGGAAGGGAGGGUGGAUGAUGAGCAGGCGUGGGAUACCGCGGCCUUCGCUGAGUGCAUCGCGGGUGGGAGCUCGAUGGAUGGCUGCCCCAAUUCCUGGGACGAUUACACCAGUUGGCGUUCCUCUGGGGAGGAUGAUCCCACCAACGAGGGAACCCCCUCCAAAAGAACACACCGAAAGAAAGACCUCUCCCAGAUGCGGAAGAAACGGAAGGCCAACUUUGCUAAGCUACACUAUGAUGAGGACAACCUUACACAUAUCUUUACCCCCAUCUCGGUUGUUAAUUUUGAAAAAUACAUAACGCACAGGAUAAGUACCUUCUCCCUGCACAGAGGGAAUCUACUCAUUCAGCUGGAGAAUGGACUCUCAUACUACACCACAACUUUUAACAAAAAAAAAAUGACUCCAGAUGAGGACUCUAGCUUCUAUCUUUGUGGCCAUACUGCCCUACACAAAAUAAAGGACCUUAAAGUGUGUAGAGGCAAACAGCUAUUCACUUUGGACGAGGCUAGGAUGCUCAAGUGCUACUCUCUCGUAGACAACGAAUUGAAUAUCGUCUAUACUGGCAGGGGAGUAACCUGGUUUGAGGUCCUUUCCUUGAUGGGGGAUUGCAACUGCUUGUUCGUGGCCCUCACGGAUGGCUCCUUUUUUUUUAUUGACCUAAUGAGCUGCAAGAUUUUGCUCCACGGGGGGGGGAGACGCGAGAGAAGAGAACGAAGCAGACGAAGUGGUGGAGGCGGACGAAGCGAUGGCCGCCACGGACGGCGGUGCAUCGAGGGCGGCGUCUUCAACAAGGUGAACGAGCACAUCUUCAACGGCUACUUCAAGGUGUCCGGGGCGCUGCUCUUCUUCUUCCUCAUUCACUCCGUGUCGCACCAGAAGCUCUUCAUUUACUUCCUGCAUGAGGUGCGGAUAGGCCGACUGCUCGCGCGGGUUUGCGCUGAUGGGAGCGGUGAUCAACGCGGUGACGAGCGCGGCGGGGCGGCCCCACUGCUGCUCAGCCUCUCAACGUACAGGCGUGUCGACCUGGAUAGCGGCCCCCAACGCGACUAUGCCUGCCUCUUGACCGCCACCGGGGACCUACGCCGCUUCUACCUCCUCUUCGUGCAACUGACCAAGAAGGAGACCAUUCUCAUGAGGAAGAAAAACUGGGACACCAACGUGCGAGUCUUCUACUGGAAGGUGCCCCACAAGGAUGUCGUGUAUGGGAAGGUCAUUGGCAAUUACCUAGUCCUCGUCGACUUCCACUUGAAUGUUCGUUUUUUUUACAUGAACAAAGUCCCAUUUGGGGAAUCUUCCAUAGGGGACUCAAACGGGGUUGCCUCCGUCCUGGUGGGGAAGAAGGGGUCCUUCCUCAGAAGGUUGAAACAGGCCAAGGGGAGUAGACGUGAAGGUGUGCCUGGCCCAAAUGAUGAGGAAAAUGCCUUCGAAGAAUUCAUUUUGAAGCGACGCAGAAGGAGGAAGGCGUUUCACCCAGAUGGGGUCAACAAAGAUUUAGAGACUCAGUCAAAUGAACCACCAAAUGGAGAGGACCAAUCCUCAGGUGCUCGUCUAUUUCGGCUGCACAUAGGGGAAGGAGACCUACACAUUAACCUCAGUCAUAUGGGUAGAGCCCAGUUUAUUAACGAACGGAUGGAACAGGAUGAUAGACACAUCUGCAGCUUCAACAUUGUUACGGACUCGAACACGGUGGUUACCUUCUCCUUUGACAGUGAUGCAUACCCAUUGGCGAUGGUGAAGGGGCCUGAGGUGCAGGCCUCCCCUAUGAGAGGAACGGAAAGGAUCAACUUCUUCCACCCAGUGGACAUGAAGAGUGGAACGUACGAUUUGUUCUUGACCAAGGGGAGGCACCUCCACCUGGGGGGUGGCCACGAAGGAGGCGGCCAGGAAGGGGGCAACCGCGAACAAGGCAACCGCGAACAAGGCAACCGCGAACAAGGCAACCGCGAACAAGGCAACCGCGAAGGAGGAAACUGCGAACCAGGCGAGCCACUUCAAAACAACCAGGAGGGUGGAGGUCAUCCCACCCCCCGCGCAGCAAUCAAUGGGGAAGCCCCCCUCGAACUAAUCUGCCAAAAGGACGUCGACCCAACUGUGCAAGCCACCUUGGCCAAGCUAAGAGAGGGGGCCGCCUACCCAAGUGACGUGAAUUUUCUUUUGAGGCAACCCAGUGUGGUGUUCCUGAAAGUGUACAGCAGCGCCCUGAGGAAGCGCCUGCGCGACAAGCGGGGGAAGAGUUUCCAGGAGAGGGUGUCAAUUGAGUGGGGCGUGCCGAGUGGCGCUACGAAGGAGGUUCGCGCUGGUGGCGAUAAGGUUGCGUCUUCCGGUGCGGCCACUUCAGCGGAUUUUCCGAUUUCUAUCGCCGCACCCGCCGCUUUAGCCGCUCCCGCCGGCUUACCGCACCGCACGAACUUCUUCUUCGACAACGAAACGACCAUCUUCACCUUCCUGAACGAAAACGAGUACCGCCUGCCCCUGGAAGAGUGCCUAGCCAACUGCAAAAAUAAAUUAUAUUUGAGUGCCCUGCACGCGAAGAGGAAGGAGGAAAGAGCGCAAAUGGAGAAACUCCGAAGCCAACUGAGGGAACUAAUCACCCAAAACGAAAACAGCAGCAAUAGUACCAAAUUAGACAGAAAAGUUUUCUUCUUUGACAAAAAAAUUAUUAACGAGUCAGAAAUUUUAAUCAAUAAAUAUGAACAAAUAAAAAAAAAAUUUGAAAAAAAAAAGCUAGCCAAAGAGCAAAUAAUAAAAAAGCUAGAAAAAAAAUGCUCCCCUCUUUCGCAAGUUGACUUUCUCUUCGGAUUGAACACAAACGCGUAUGUGACCAAUGCGUUUAAAAGAAGCAAUUAUCAUCAUUCGUCCCCCAUUAGGGAGAAAAUAAAAUUUCUGCGCUUUCUUCAAAUUAAAGAAUCCGAGUUUUUGCAAAAUGUAGAAAAAAAUAAUGUCCUUUGCUUUUUAAAAACGACAAAAGAUUACAUAGAUCGAUACACGGAAGACUUUUCUUGCCUCUUCCUUUCGCACUACUAUCCCUACGCAAACAUGAAUUUGAAUUAUCUGUACGCCAACUUGUUCGGCUCCUCCUUCUCGGCCGGCGGGGUGGACAGCGUGCAGUGGAACUACCUCCUCUACUUCCCCUGCGAGUUGUUCACGAACGCGCGGAAGCGCCUGCAGUGCUUCGUGCUGCAGAUGCUGAUCGAGCAGCAAAAGGCCAAAUUCCGCAGCCACUUCCUCGCCCUGAAGCAGGAAAAGCAAAACUACGUAGAGGAAAUCAACUUGGUCACCAACAAACUGAAGCUCUCCCUGGAAGCCACGGACAAAUAUUUCAGCCACCCCUACUCUCACGCCAUCGACCCUGGCCUCUACAACAGGGGAGCAUUAAAAGGAGUGAAGGGGGACGCCCUCCCCGUUUCGAACAAAUUCGAUCCUGACGCGCUGCUCAAAAUGCACCUGCACAAGCUCAAGGUGGAGAGUCAAACGGGGGAUGCCUUUGACGAACGUGAAAAAGGGGACCUAACUGUGAAAGCGCAAAAGAAGGGGGACCAUUUGGGGAUGGGACCCGGGUUAGGAGGCGAACCGGAGGCGGAUAAGGAGCCCCCCAAAGAUGCAACCCCUCGCGGUGACGAAGCGGACCCAGAGAGUUUGGAGAUCCACGAGAAGAAGAAAAGUGAUGUGAGAAAUGCCCUGUCCGAUGUGAAGAGCUACAUCUAUCAAAUCUCAGACCAGUGCGAGGAGUUCAAUGAGAAGUUAAAGCAGUUGCGGAAGAAGAAAUAUAACAUACAGAAGCUGAUCAAGCUGCACGAGCUGUACUGCAUUGCCAUUUACGCCACGUUAAUAAAUGAAGAGAGGAAGGAAGAAGCUCUCCUUCAAAUUGAGAAGAAGAGGACUGCAGUUGAGCGGCACUUAUCGCAACUCGAAGAAUCGAUGAGACAAUUAGAUGUGCUACAGAAGCACAAACGGAAUUUGGCCCUGAGCGAGCUGCUAACAAAGAAGAAGCAAAAGUUCGAGAAGAGGUUCCUCCACGAGUGCAUCAACUUCGACGUCCUCAUCGAGCAGAAAUAUGAAAACGUCAUCGGAUUCGACUUCGACUCCAGGAAGAAUUUAUUUAUAAAAAAAAAAAUAAUCCAAAAGCAUAUUGCGGACACGAAUCAAAUUAUCCAGGAGAACUUCGAGUUGAGAAGGAGCAUCCGGAAACUGAAGCACGAAAUUCGAAGAAACAAAAUAAAAAAAGACUACCUGAACUUCUCACUCAUGGACAUAGAGGAAGGAGUCGACGACGUCAAGUACCUCAAGCAGAACUGCGAGUUUCUCUUCAGCGAUAUAAACAACGUGAUCAGCUCACUGGAGGCGAAGAAACAAAACAGGAAACUCAUUUUUCAAAUGUCGGAGCAGAAGAUGCGCGAGCAGAUUAGCAGCGUGGACGCGAAGAUUUCGGCGAUCAAAUCCGAGAACGUCGUGUUGGAGGCCAACAUGCAGAGCCUGCUAAAGGAGAUUAGCCAAAUGGGCAAGGCGGCAAAGGGAGAAGUAGGAGACGCGGCCAACCUACUCGACACGCAGGGAAGCUUGGGAGAUGACGAUGCUGCCAGCGCGAGGAUGUCCUUCAAAUGUCCCGAUGCAGAUGUAGAGGGAGAGAUCGACCAAGAAAAGGAACCCAACUGCGCGGAGGAACAAAACCGCGACCGCGCAGAUAAGCAGACCCCGGACCAGGCAGCACCUCCCGAAAAAAAAAAAAAAAAAAAACUGCCCACCAGGGAUAUCCACGAAAAGAGCGCCCUGCUGCGGAAAAAAUAUAAGUGA